GAGAAAACGACCCCUGCCAAUGCCACGAAAGCGUACAACUACAACAACACUACGAGCACCCAGAAUUGCCUGCAUCGCUUACAAAACUUCGAGCUACCGCCCCAGUUUCAAAACUCUCGAUUUCAUCCCGAUUCGCAUCUUCACGCGAAGGGUAUGGGCCUCACCGAAUUUCUGACGAAACGGAGAGGGUCCUUCCUUUUCGCUCUAGGCAUCAGUUUCUUACUCUUUCAUUUGCGUGUUUUCUCUUCCUUCCCUCGCUGCCACAGAAAAAUCUAACGACCAAUACAAAUUAUCUUUUUCAUAAUUGA